AUGGAUGUAAGCGCAAGCUGUGCAGUACACCAUAUUAUCUUGCACUGUAAUUCCGCGUCAACUUCCUUUUCAGGUGGGGUCCGAUAUCUAUAUAUCGGGCGUAUAAAUUCUUCACUUUUUUCUACCUACUCCCCUGUUUUUCUCAAUAUGAGCCCUCCCUCGCAAAUUUCUACCGAGACAAACACGACAGCCGUUCCUUCUUCAGUGACGGUGACCUCCUCCAGAGGUUACACACUUGGAGAAAGAGGUUCACACAAUAUCGCCAAAGGUAUGCCUCAUCCAUAUCCCGUACCUAAGUUCACCGACAAACACGAGGAAAGAAAAUGGGCAAAGCAACAUAUGGCAGGCGCGUUCCGUGUUUUUGCCAGAAAAGGGUACACUGAAGGAACUGCUGGUCAUAUUUCUUUGCGUGACCCUGUCGAUCCAACCACAUUCUGGAUUAAUCCGUUGGCAAAGCACUUUGGCUUAAUCAAAGCUAGUGACUUGGUUCAUUGUGAUGAACAUGGCAAUGUCUUGCCGGAUGGUCCUCAACUGGCGAUCAACGCCGCUGGCUUCGCUAUUCAUUCUGCUGUUCAUAAGGCAAGACCAGAUGUCAUUGCUGCUUGCCAUACGCACUCUAUCUAUGGAAAAACUUUCAGUGCCAUGGGUAGACCCUUGGACAUGAUCAGCCAAGACGUUUGUACGUUCUACAAGAGCCACUCUGUUUACUCUGACUUUGGUGGAGUUGCAUUGGAGGCGGAAGAAGGUAAGGCUAUUGCUGCUUCUCUUGGAGACGGAAAAGGUGUUAUCUUGCAAAAUCACGGGCUUUUGACCGUUGGUCAGACCGUGGAUGAAGCUGCGUAUCUUUUUACUUUAAUGGAGAGAAGCUGCGAAGCACAAUUAUUAGCUGAUGCUGCGUUGAGACCAGGCGAGAAAUUGAAAAUUUGCGGUGAUGAAGAGGCGGCCUACACUGAGUAUAUGGCUGCUGACCCUGAGACCCUUUACACUGAAUUCCAACCUGAUUUCGAAAUGGAACUUUAUCACAACAAUGAUUUUUUGAACUGA